AGUGCGCAUAAUAAAGGCAAAUUGUGUUUUAUUUGCCCCUCUUCUGAGUGCCAGUCUUUACACCUUAGGAAUUACUCAUUUAUUAUUAUUAUUCAGUAGUGUUUUGGAGGUCAUUAUUAUUCACUACCUCUCCUUUUUUGACGGUUCACGAUUCAUUACACCUGUUCCCCUUCAUCUUUUUUUGCUGUUGUAGCUACGUCACAAUGGGCAAGCCAGGUAAGAAGGCAGGAAAGGGGCUUUUGGCCCCAACAAAUCCGAACCGCCGGACUGACCCGAACAGACCCAGUCUCCGAGAUCAGCGUACGAUCAAGCGUUUAAAAAUGUAUAAAUCCAAAAUUAAGCGCGAUGAAAAAGGUAACAUCAUCAAAGGCAGUGUGCUAAAGGCGUCUGAUCGCAUUGAACAAGACAUGGCACGCAUCGCUCCUGAUCGUCGGUGGUUUGGCAAUACUCGAACAAUUGGCCAGGAAGCCCUCCAGCAGUUCCGCGAGGAAAUGGGUGCGAAGUACAAGGAUCCGUACAGCAUUAUCAUCAAGCAAUCGAAACUUCCACUGAGUCUUCUCGAGGAGCCCAAAAGUGUGGACGGUAGCAUCCGCAAAGAAAUGGAAUGGGACAAAACUUUCGGCGACAAGGCGAACCGCAAGCGUGUACGCUUGAACGCGGUCGACAUGAAUGCUUUGGCGACGGAGGCGAGCGACAAGAGUGACAAUUACGACACCAACAAGGAAAAGGACCGUGAUUUGAUGAAGGGCGUCGUCAAAGACCGUAAAGAUAAAUCAAAGAACGGCAUUCUGAUGACGAAAGGCCAGUCUAACCGUAUUUGGUGUGAACUGUACAAGGUGAUUGACAGCUCUGAUGUCGUUCUCUACGUCGUGGAUGCGCGUGAUCCGCUGGGGACGCGCAGUGCCUUCCUUGAAGAUUUUAUGCGUCGCGAGAAGAAAUACAAGCAUUUUGUUCUUGUGCUAAACAAGUGCGAUUUAGUUCCGCUCUGGGCCACCGCGCGUUGGCUGCAGAUUCUUAGCAAAGAUUACCCCACCAUCGCUUUCCACGCUAGCGUAAACCACCCGUUUGGGAAGGGUAACCUUAUUUCUCUGCUCCGCCAAUUUGCUCGUUUGCACAACGUGACGCACCGCGGUAACAAGCGCACAAAGACGCCAAUUUCGGUCGGCGUGAUUGGUUAUCCGAACGUAGGCAAAAGCUCGAUUAUCAACACUCUCCGUCGCAAAACUGUCUGCAAAGUCGCGCCAAUUCCCGGCGAGACUAAAAUCUGGCAGUACGUUGCGUUGACGCGUUCCAUUUUCUUGGUCGAUUGCCCAGGUGUCGUGUACGACCGUGAAGCAAACAACGACGUCCAGGCUGUCCUCAAAGGUGUAGUGCGUGUCGAGCGGCUCGGAAACGCGGAUAAGACGGACGUCGUGGACACCGUCUUGCAAAUUGUGAAGCACCGUGAUAUUGUCGCAACUUACGGUGUGAGGGAAUGGCGCGACGUCGUCGAUUUCCUCGAACAAUUGGCCCAACUUCGCGGCAAGCUCGUCGCCGGCGGCGAACCGGACGUGGAUGCCGCGGCGCGCAUGGUGCUCUACGAUUGGCAGCGCGGACGCCUGCCGUGGUUUAAUGCACCCCCGUUUGAAUCGAACAAGCAUUAUCGUGACGCUCUGGAGCAGCCGCAAGAAAAACAGAUGAGGGUGAUCGAGCACUAUAGCGCUUUCAACGUCGUGGACAACACGAUGAACCGCGGUGACGAAGAAGAGGAAGAAGUCGCCAGUGAUGGGGAAGGAGGCGAUGCAGGUUCGGACGAGGAAAACGAUAGCAUUGAGGCCGCCAAUGCUGAUGCCGAAGGCAACAAGGACGCCGACGACGAUGAGGAGAUGGCGAAACCGCGCAAGGUGAAGGCAACUCACAAGAGCAGCGAAAAAAAGCAAACCAGCAUUGUACACGAUCAUGAUGAAGAAGGUGAGGUCGCGACCGUGGCAACAUACAUGCUAGAGCAAGAGGAAAAGGAGCGAAAGACGAGGCGUCAGGAGAAGCGAAAAGCUGCCCGUAAAAUACAGGAAGCUGUGGAGGCUUUUGGGGCGGACGCUGAGCAUGAGUCUGACGACGCGCUCUGGGCGCAGUUUCUGGCCGCAGCGAAAGAAUGA